AUGGCUCCUUCAAGAACUCGCUCGGAAGCUACAGUGCCGGGAUGGAUAGCCGAGAUGCCUCAGUUACUGCGGAGAAGCUCCAUAUAUCGCCGUCAAAAUAGGGGAGGGGGUGACCCUGAUAAUGACGGCCGCAGCCGCUUCGGGUUCAACAACAACAAUCGCGAUGGUAGUCGUGACGGCAGCGGCGGCGAUGGCGAUGGGAGAGGUGGGGGGUUCUUCCGCAAUGGUAAUGGCAAUGGCGACGGAAAUCGAGAUGGAGAUGAAAACGGUAAUAGGGGCAGAUUCCGCAAUGGGAGCGGGGACCGGAAUGGGAGCAGGUUCGGUGACGGGAACCGUAAUGGGGAUGGGAACAGAAACAAGUUUGGCAACGGUUCUGGACGGAACCAAAAUGGCAGCAACGGAGGCGACAGCAGCGGCUCAAUACUUGGCGAAUCUGCUGAAACAAUCCCAUCGUCGACCUCUGCAUUAUCCGCAUCACCGGAACCUACGACCACAGAGAUUGUCGCAUCUUCAGAUGUCACCGUCUCGACAACAGCCGAGGUUUCCGGCACAAUCAAUCCAGGCGUGAUUCUGCUGCAGUCUGCCGUGACUCCGAGCCCAACCGGCGAGGCCAAUCCAACUGCCACCACCUUCAUUCCUUUGAUGAAGCCUAGCGAUGUAGGAGGAUCGGCGAACCUCUCUGGAUCAGGACAAUAUCUUGAAUCACCCGACGCUUCCUCUGGAGUUGCGUCAUCCGUAUCGCCAGGGCCAACCCCAACACCACCGCCCAAUGCUCCUCCAACCGGGGGCCCGAUGGACAACGAUAACAACGGUGGCGGCGGUGCGGUCGGCCGCUUCGAGGUGUCAAGUGCUGGCAUGGAUCCAACAGCUGAGCGCGUACUCAUCUCGGUGGGUUCAAUAGCUCAAUCAGGAGGCUUCAUUCUGGUGUGCUUUAUCGUCUGGAUGGCAUGGCGGUCAAUGAAGAAAUCAAGGAACGGCGAUGAAAGUAGUGGCCGUUUUGGGGGGCUUCCGAGCGGCGUUAUCUCCAGGAUUCCUUUCCUUAGGAGGCGAGGUUGGCAUACCUUGGACGACACAACGGAUACGACAUCUCUUCCACCAAGCUACAGAGAGAAACCGGGGAGUGCCAGUAUCCCAUCCGUGGAAGGCUUGUUCAGAUCGGAUGUGGUUCAGAAGCAGCAGCUCUCGCAGCAGCCAUGGCCGCAUAAUGCCUCUGACGUCGCCGUUGUCCCUAGACCGGGCGUGAGGCAGACCGACAUGUACCAACCACCGAUCCACCCGGAAAACACGCACAAGGCAGCCAACCGACCCCAUAUCACGCUAAUGACCAACACGUCGCCUUAUGCCCACCAGCCCCAGCAAUCUUUCAGCUCCACCAACGCAGCUCACUUCGGCGCCAUCAUAGCAAACCCUAACACAGCAAGUCCCCUACAAAAUGGAGUGUCCCCCGUCUCAUACUACAACCAGCCCCUCUUGGCCCAGCAGUUCCCCGCCCAAUACAAUCCAAUCUACCGCCAACCGAGCCACGUCACAAGCGAAGUCUCGUCCCUCUCGUCAGGGUUCGGAGACGUCGACGGCAUAUACAUCACUGACUCUCUCGUCGCGCCUCCCGCACCAACAGCCGUGCCCGGCUCCACGUCCAAUAGCCCUCAGCAAUACAGCGCCCGUUUCUCGUGGAUGUCCCAGCCGCAACAGGAAGAACUAACAAGCCAGAAACACUCUCCAACUCGCCGGAGCACGGGCGCCAGCAGCCGCGGGAACAGGGAGUCGGUGUACACGGAGACGAGCGAGGACAGGCCGGCGCGGUUCCGGAGUGUCGGGUCGUGGGUGGACCAGCAGACGGGGCGGAUCAGGAGGGCGCAGCAGCGGGGAGCAGCGGACCAGGCGGCGGGUGGUCUGAUUGUCGCGCAGGCACCUGGAAACCCGGGGAUUCCGGGGAUCCAUAACCCGCCAAGCGAGCAGAGUUUUGGGAUGAUGAUGGAUGACGAGGAGAAGCCGAGGCGGGUGGACGAGGUUGUUGCGGGGUUGGGGAAGAUGGGUUAG